AUGGCCGCCGACUCGGCAGCUACCAUUGUGGUCUCCUGCAAACAAACGCGAUUUCACAUCGCCAAUGCAGAUGAGAGAGAACUGAACAUCGAUGGUCUCAACAUCACCGUCGUUUCAGGUGAUCAGCAGCAGGGGACAACUGCGAAGCCCAAAGGGAAGGCCAAGUCCAAGGCCAAGGCUGAUGGCAACGAGAUUCUUGUCGAUGCAAAUCUCCGACUCAAGGCAGGCCAGAGAUAUGCACUGGUUGGCAGGAAUGGCACUGGGAAGUCGACUCUCCUCAGGGCAAUAUCAGAUAAGCUGAUACCGGGCAUACCCGAGGAAACACGCAUUUCUAUUCUCCAGCAAACGAGCACCGAAGACGUCACCGAUGAAGUGGGCGCUUCAGAGAUUGCUCAAGACUCUACCCAGGGGGUCACCGUCCUGGAGCAAGUUAUCGGAAAAGCUACAGCCAAAGACGAACUCCAACGGGAAAUAGACAUCCUUGCAAAGGGAAUCGGCAACACCGCAGACUCCUUGGGAGCCCUGCGAGCAUUGCGCCAAGUCCAGCAUGACAGACUGGAAAAGCAGCACUUCAUUCUCGACAAGAACUAUCGCCUACGAAGCGGCGACAGGGGGCUGCAGGCUAAGAAAGCCCUGACAGCGUUUGAAAAGACGCUGGCUGUAGAGAACAAUCGUUUUGCUGAGAAGGAUGAGGACAUUUCUGCCGAGACUCUCGAGAAGGAGACCCAGGAGGCAGUGGACAUGCUCGCAGAACUCCAGCUCCAGGUUGAGCCAUCGCGCCUGGCCGAGACAGAGUCGCGAGCCAAGAAGAUUCUCGCAGGUCUCGGUUUCAGCGAAGCCUACAUGAACAAGACCGUCUCUAGUCUCUCGGGUGGCUGGCAGAUGCGCACAUCUCUGGCCACCGUCCUCCUCUCUGAGACUGACAUCCUCAUCCUGGACGAGCCUACCAAUUUCCUAGACCUCAUGGGCAUCAUAUGGCUGGAGCGUUACCUCCGGUCUCUCGAAGACCUGCCUGAUGCGCCUACGCUCAUCCUCGUCUCCCACGACCGCGACUUCAUCUCUCUGUGCACCGACCUGCUCAUUCUCAAGGAGAAGUCCCUGACCUACUACCACGGCGACCUUCCAUCCUACGAGGCCGCCGCGGCAGAGAAGAAGCAGCACCUGACCAAGGUCAAGGAGGCGCAGGACAAGCAGCGCGCCCACAUCCAGGAGACAAUCUCGCGCAACAUGCGCGAGGGCAAGAAGAACAACGACGAGAACCGCAUCCGGCAGGCCAAGUCGCGCCAGAAGAAGCUCGACGACCGCUGGGGCCUGCAGACCAACGAAAAGGGCCACCGCUUCAAGCUCAACCGCGACCUGGCGGGCUUCCACCUGACGGCGCGCGCCGAGCUCGAGGUCCCGCCCGAGGAGCGCGCCGUCGCCAUCGCCCUGCCCGACCCGCCCGACCUGCGCUUCCCGGGCGCCCUCAUCAGCGUCGAGGGCGCCGUCUUCCGCUACCCGCGCACGCAGGUCGACGUGCUGCGCGGUGUCGACCUGUCCGUCGCCAUGGGCGACCGCGUCGGCAUCCUCGGCCUCAACGGCGCCGGCAAGUCGACCCUCGUGCGCCUGCUCGUCGGCGAGACGCAGCCCACGCGCGGCCCCGGGGGCGGAGGGGCGGUGCAGCACCACCCGCGCCUGCGCCUGGGCUACUACUCGCAGCACGCCGUGCCGGCGCUGCUGGCCACGGGCCGGGCGGACCCGGGCCUCACGGCGCUGUCGCUGCUGAUGCGCGAGGUCGACGCCGAGCUGCUCGGCGAGGGCGACGUGCGGGCGCUGCUGGCGUCGCUGGGCCUCGCGGGCCGGACCGCGUCGGACGUGCCGCUCGCGAGGCUGUCGGGCGGGCAGCUGGCGCGCUGCGAGCUGGCGCGCAUCCUGUGGCGGCGGCCGCAGUGCCUCGUGCUCGACGAGGUCACGACGCAUCUCGACUACGAGACCGUCGGCGCGCUGAGGUCGGCGCUCGCGAGCUGGGACGGCGCGGUCGUGCUGGUCAGCCACGACAGGUGGUUCGUCCGGGGGGUCGUCGAGGGCAUCGUGGACGACGAGAAUGUCCUCGAGGACGACGAGGACGCCGACGAGGACGAUGCCGGCGCGGGCGGAGCUGGCGUCUCGAGGAGGAGGACGGUGUAUAGCCUCAGGAACGGUAAACUGCAUCUGCUCGGGGGCGGCGUGCAGGACUUUGAGACGUCGAUGGAGAAGAAGGUGAAGAAGCUACUGAAGGAUUAA